CCAUUCCCGGGGUCCUCCCUCCUUCCUGCCGACCACUUACUCGACAUUGGGGUACAUGAACCGCAUGGCAUCUCGGCCAAGUUCGAGCUUAGACCUGACCCGUUUCUGUUCCUUCCCUUCUCCCCACCUAGCCUCUCGUUGAACCCGGCACCAACACCGACUCCGAGGUGCGUGUUUGGGCUUGGUAUUAUUCUUUUCUAUCUACUAUGCUUUGAAUCGGGAGGCAGGUCCUGCUCGUUGCGUGUGUUACAGGAACGCACCCGAUUCUAGAUAUUCCAUAUCUGCUUCCAAUCGUCCAUGAUGCACUUCGUGAGUGUCGAUUCUGGAUCCCCCUUCUCAACCCUCGCUUUCUCCGGCUCCUCCACCGGUCCGCAGCAGCCCGAAGAUGCGAAGUCUCGGGCCCUGCAAGUAGGCGGUAGCGGCAUGGCGGACAAGGGGCCCGUUGAAGAUGGAUAUUGGCGAGAUGAUACCCUUGCAACGCGUCCUGAAGAGGAGGAGGAUACGGAGAAGGAGGAUACGGAGAAGGAGGAUACGGAGAAGGAGGAUACGGAGAAGGAGGAAUACUUCCUCUGCAACGAAACGCCAGCCGGCCAACUCCACUGUCAACCGAGGCCGCGUCCGGCCAAGCCCUUCCAAAAAUGGAUGAAGACGUUGCACAAACGCGUGUUGCGGCAGCAGGAAAUGUUGGGCUACGACGGCAGCCUCGCCCCCUGGCUUCGUGAGGCGUCGGACCGGGGGUCCACCCAUCACAGGCACUCGUCUUCCGACUCGUCCUUCGCCUUUGUUACAGCAGCAAAAAGCGCCAGCAUAUCCAUGACCGGCCUCAGCUUGCUGACGCGUUCACGGAAGACCACGAUCCGGUCAUCGCGAGCCCCGAGAACGGAGCGCAGUAGCACGGCUUCCGUCUCCGGGCAGCGGCUUUCCGAGGAGAGUUAUUUUCCCGAGGCCCAAGCACCCGUGGAUUCGGCCGUUAUCGAGCGUGCCUUGCAGAGGCGCCGUAUAUUAGAGGAGUUGAUAAGCACCGAGGAAGCCUACGUCGGCGACGUGCGCUUCUUGAUGAACGUCUACGUCACGAUCCUUGCUUCUUUGCCCACCACACCCCCAGGACUGCGCUCAUCUGUUAACCAAAAUUUGACCGACAUAGUAGAGCUUCACGAGGAACUUCUCAGAGAGUUACGUUGGGUCUUGCCGAAUUCAGAAUACACGCAACCAGGUCUUCCCAUCCAACAACAAACUGAGUCAAGCUCUUCAACUCGUGGCCACCGCCAUUGGAAGGGUCUGGAUGCUGUGCCGGAGGGGAAAGAUCGCGCUUCAUGGCUGAAGGAUGCUCCGGGGGCGGUGGCCGAGCCUCAAGCGGCAGCUGAGGUCGCAAAGAUCUUCUUGAAGAGGAUGAACCGCUUCUUCAUUUACGAAGAGUAUGGCGCAAAGUAUGAGUUGAUGACCAAAGAUGUUGCUGCGGCACAUCGCACAAUGCCGGGCUGGGCCUCGUAUCAAAAGGGGCUCGAGAUCCUAGCCGCGUCCCUGAGCUCCGCCGAGAGCCGCGACGGCCAUUCGAAGAAAGCUCUUACGAUAUGCGACCUGCUUGUCAAGCCAAUUCAACGCGUGUGCAAAUAUCCGCUGCUCUUCUUGGAGUUGUUGAAGCACACCCCUGUGAUUGACUGCCCCUAUUCGCACAUGGAGGUUGAAAGCACGCUCGCCAGGCUUCGUGAAGCCACUACCGAGAUCAACCGAGCCACGAACGAUUCUCGCACCAAGUUGGCCCUUGAGAAGACGUGGAUUCUUCAAGACCGACUUGCCUUUCCAGACCGGCAGCUGGACGCGGCCUCAAGGAACCGCAUCCGGUCGUUUGGCCAUCUGCGACUUUGCGGCGCCCUCCACGUCUGCUGGCAGACCAAGGACGGCGCCAGUGGGCAGUACAUGGUCGCCCUCUUGUACCGUGAUUGGCUUUGCCUCGCGACGGUUGGCAGGAUCGAUCAUGUCUACACAAUCCAAGCCUGUAUCCCGUUAGUCAACCUCAGAGUAGAAGAAGCUGAUAAUGGCCGAGGGCUCCAAUGCCACUCGGUGUUACAUUCUUGGAAGAUUGUAUUCUUAUCCAACUACCAACUGUACGAGCUGAUCUUGACUGCAUGCUCCCCAAAGGAGGAGUUGGAGUGGCGAGCGCGACUGAGCAGCAGCCAAGCAGCGAGUUCUGAAGACCAGGACAAGGAGCAACCGGACAUUUUUAGUUUUCUCACGCUAAAUAUCAAGUCUCUAGGGGCUGUCUUUAGACAACCAGGAACCAUUGCUAGAAGAAUAUCCAUACACCGAGCAAGCACCAUCAGUCCCAAAACCCCCCUCUAUCAAGUCAUUCUCCGAGACACCAGCGCCACGAGGGAGAAUCCGACGGACUCUGACAGCAACACACCAAUCAACCGGUCGCAGUCGCUCCUCACCACAAACAGCCGCGUCCCGGUGUUAGCGCCGGCCCGGGCCGAGCGGGCGCGGCUCGAGGCCUUGCUCUCGGACGUGUGGACCCGCGACGUUCUGCCCUUCCCCGGGAUGACGGCCCGCUCCAGGAGCGAGCACCUAGUCCGGGCCUCGGCGUCGUCCAUGAUGCGCAAACUGAGCGCUGUCAGCAUCACCGGCAGCUUCAGCCGGCGCUCGGCCAGCUUUGCGAGCCUGCACAACCAGAACCAGAACCAGCCACAGAAGGAGAAGAGUGGCACUCCCGCCGCCGCGGCUACCGCCGAGAGCGCGCACUGCCCUGCGAAAAGGGGAAAGGCAAAGGCCCCUACAGGCGCGGGAGACCCCACAAACCCCCCACCGGCGGGACGGCCGCGCACCGAAACCAUCAUCACCACCACCGCCCCCGCUACAUCAACAUCCGAGCCAGGCCCGCCCGGCACCCUUAACGGCGAUGCUGAUUGCGACGUCGACGCCGAGGGGCUGGAGAUGAUCCGCUGCCGCCGCCGUCGCGCAGCCGCCACCGCAGCCGCAGCCGCAGCCACAACCACAGGCACAACCACAGGCACAACCAUAGCCGCAACCACAGCCCCGCAACAACAACCGCGGCGCGCCUUGGCGCCGGACGAGCCGGGCUGGCGCGGGGAGGAGGAAGGGAAGGCGGAAGCGGAGGGGAAGGCGGAGCGACAGGGCCAGGCCCAGGCCCAGGCGCCGGGCGAGCGGCCGAGCCUGCAGCGCUCGUACCUGGGCGAGAUGUCGGCUUCGGGGUUGUUGGGGCUGGGCCCGUCUGGGAAGCCUCAGGGGGGUGCUAAUGGGGGCAGUGGUGGUGGUAGUGGUGGUGGUGGUGCUGGUGCUGGUGGGAGGGUUCUGGGGCGGGAGCCGCCGCCGGUGCCGCCGCUGGUACCGCUGCCGCUGCCGGUGUCAGAGGGGUGUGCUAACGGGAGUGGCGGUGGUGGUGGUGGUGGUGGUGGUGGUGGGAGGGUUCUGGGACGGGAGCCGCCGCCGGUGCCGCCGCUGGUACCGCUGCCGCUGCCGGUGUCAGAGGGGUGUGCUAACGGGAGUGGUGGUGGUGGUGGUGGUGGUGGUGGGAGAGUUCUGGGACGGGAGCCGCCGCCGGUGCCGCCGCCGGGGUCGCUGCCGCUGCCGGUGUCAGAGGGGAGUGGGAAGGGCAAGGCCGCGUCUCCGAGGUCGAGGUCGUUGAGGUUUUCGGGGAAGAAAUUGGCUCAGGCUGGUGUGCGACGGCGAGAGGCUGUGGCGGAGGGGUUUCGGAGCUUGUUUCGCCAGGGGGGGUGUUGAAUUACUACUGUGUAUGUUUUUGGGGUGGGUUGGGGAGUUAGGGGAUGGGGUGUGGUGUCGGGACUCGGGUGGUUUGCAUUGUUGGAAUUGUAUUGUUUUUCACGUCUGGAACUUGGGGGUGACUUUCACGGUUGGAACUCGGAUGGUUGCGUGGUGAAGACUUCGGGUGGCUUUCACAAUUGGGACUGGGGUGGUUUGGGUGAAAAGUAAAGGAUAGGUCAGCUUUUGAUACCCCUCUCUAUCACUCUCCUUCUUUCCUUCAU